CGAGGAGUCAAUAAUGGUUACCAGACUGGUGGCAAAGGUUAUGCCUUGUUUUGAGCCCUUCGCCAGCGUACUGUCAUUAAAAGCAUUCCACUUUCCAUGAGGGAUAUCCGCCCGUCUGAGGCUCUAUAUCCGUUUCUAUAGCGACUCUCCUCUUAUACGCCGCUGGAUGCAAAGCUGUCGUUUUAGCAAGGUAUAAAUACCCCUUUACUUCAUUGCCUACGAAUAGAUGAAUCAAUGCUUUCGCCUCCCACAAACCAAGUCCUCAAUCUCCAAUAAUGCACCCUACAUCUACCUCCCUCUGCUUCAACCAAUACGACUGGGACUACACAUCGAAAUAUAUGUCCUGCGAAGAUUUCCUUUUCACGGAUGACAUUUUCCCCUCAAAGUCAACCAUUGAAGCUGACCAAGAUGGCCAACAAAACGCUGACAACAAAGAAGAAGCUGACUUAGUGAACACCGCCAACACCACAAACGAUAAUGGCUUCGUAAACACCUACAAGUCCGACUGCACGGUCGACGCUGUCUUGCAAAACCUCACACCAUCGAAUAGCAACGAUAUCAAGGGGUAUAUCAUGACUUGGGCCGGCAAGGGCAACUUUUUAAGAGGCGAGAUUCCUUUCCGGCUCUAUCACAAGGUCGUCGUCGUCCUCCCUUAUGGUCAGUAUCCAAUCACUCAAGAGGACGAAAUACUGGCCUUCAGACUCGCAUCCAACCUCCGUCGACGGAUAAUGUACAGGAUGUACGCUCGCUAUCGCUGCCAGAAGCACUCCCAGCUUCCGACCGAGAUCGAAGCUGCCAAACUUCACCUGGCAAUCGAGGCCAAGAAACUCCUUCAAAGAGACGCGUUUGCUGGAUUUGUUCAUGUCUCCUUCGGCGACAGGCACUUGAUGUCCAGGGUAGCAAGCACCGCGUACAAGCCUAAGAUAUCUUAUGAUCAGCGAUGUAAGAUUGCCGGGACAAUUGAUUGCGAAGUCGGAGGAUCCAGAACCUGGGCUGAGUUGGAAGCCAGCUGGGACUUGGAGCGCAUCGAAUAGAGACUUUGGUAAACUGUCUAAUUUCG